AGUAUCCUCCUGCUGUAUGGGACCUACUUGGCCGGUUUGACUGACAACGUCAGCUCCCCACCAGUCAACCAGUCCUUGACGCUCAUCGUUGGAGUCAACCUUGUUUUCCUGGCAACUGGCACCAUCUGCUUAGUUCACCGUUUCUUCCGUGCUUGGCACAACUUGGUGUUUGGUUUCACCUCUGGAGGCAUCUUCAUUUGUACAACCACAAUCAACUGCUUCAUCUUUGUCCCACAGCUCAAGCAGUGGAAAGCCUUUGAAGAAGAAAGCCAAACCGUGAGCCACAUGGCAAAAUAUUUCAGCAGCCCGAGCAGGAGCUGCCGCUCGGCGUACAGCGAGGAGCAGCUCUACCAGCUCAUAGGGGAGAAAAACUCCAUGAAGCGGCUGCUCACCGAGAAAAACGCCGUGAUCGAAAGCCUGCAGGAGCAAGUGAGCAGCGCCAAGGAGAAGCUGAUGAGGCUGAUGUCUGCGGAGAGCUGCUGCGAGCCCCACGCAGCGCUGGCGGCUCCCUGCACCCAGAGCCCGGGGCAGUGUGGGGACGUACUGGGGGACCACUGCCCCACCCAGGCCGAGCGGGACGGGAAGCAGCCUCCCUGCUUGCUGGGUGCACCACCUCUUUGCAGUGAUGCUGAGGACCUCCAGAAGCAUGUGGGCUAUGAGCCUGUUUGCUCUCAGGUGCUGCUUUGUGACAUGGGGGAUGGCGUUGAACGUGGCCUGAAGGACAUCCGGGACUGUGGGACGGCUGCGGGGCAGGGGCAGCCCGUGGAGAAGUCGCUGGGCCGGGACAUCUCAGCUCGUGUGGCCUGGGAGUCAUCCCCCAAAGUCAGCUAUGUAAGCAGUGAGAAGCUGCGGGAAAUCUUGCAAGAGCUGAGCCUGGAUGGCAAAACCUACAGCUCAGCCUUACCUGGAGGACUCCUACAUGGCAGCCAUGGCCCCUCAGGCGAGCAAGGAGGAAGGUGGGGGGCCCUGGAUGCCUGCCCAGGCAUCUGCACCCCCCUCAGCCCCUACCUGGCGAGGCGGCGGCGAAGGGUCCAGCUGCCCCCCACCUCUGCCCGCUUCUCCGGACAUGUGUCCCCUGGUGCCAGCUGCGGGGUGAAGGAGGCAGGUGGCUGGG